AUGGAGAAUGUGAAUGAUUCUUCUUCACUAGAGCAAGACCCUCCUCUAAACCCACCUUCUUCUAAUGCAAGAAAACCAGGAGGAUGGAGAGCUAUCAAAUACAUUCUCGCAAACGAGUCGUUCGAGAAGCUGGCUUCAAUGAGUUUGAUAGCCAAUAUCACAGUGUACCUGACCACAAAAUACAACUUGAGUGGUAUAUUUGUGGUAAAUGUGGUUAAUAUUUGGAAUGGUUCAUCCAAUGUUGCAUCACUAGCAGGAGCUUUUGUUUCUGAUGCUUAUCUGGGCAGGUUUCGUACCCUCAUUUUCGGCUCCAUAUCAUCUAUCCUGGGUAUGGGAGUCAUGACCCUUACUGCAAGUAUAAAUCAAUUAAGGCCCUCCACCUGCAAAGAGCCACCCCAUUGCCCUGAGCCCCAAAGUUGGCAGCUGGGCUUUCUCUUCCUGGCUCUUGCAUUGCUGUCAAUAGGAGCAGGAGGGAUUAGGCCCUGCAACAUUGCCUUUGGUGCUGACCAAUUUGACACCAAGACAGCUAAAGGAAGAGCACAACUAGAAAGCUUUUUCAAUUGGUGGUAUUUCUCUUUCACAGUUGCUCUAGUUGUGGCCCUCACCAUAGUUGUGUACAUUCAGACUAAUGUCAGCUGGGCCAUAGGCUUUGUUAUUCCCACUGUCUGCCUUGCUUCCUCCAUAUCGAUUUUCUUGUUCGGCCGCCACACUUACAUUUACUUGAAGCCUCAAGGCAGCGUCUUUUCAGACAUAGCAAAGGUGAUCACAGCUUCCUGUAGAAAAUGCAGGGUUCCCGUUGGACCGGCUUCCGAGCACUCAUUUUAUGAUCCUCCUCUAAUUACUAAUGCAUCUGAUCAAACACAGAUGAUCUUGAAGCUCCCUCACACUAAUAGGUUCAGGUUCCUGGACAGAGCUGCUAUAAUAACUAGCCCAGAUGAAUUGGACAAUCAAGGGAAGCCUAAGAGUGGUUGGAGACUAUGUAGUCUCCAACAAGUUGAGCAACUCAAGUGCUUAGUGGCAAUUCUGCCAGUUUGGAUAACAGCAAUUGGAACUUUCAUGUCCGUGGACCAACAGAACACAUUUGGGGUCCUGCAAGCAUUGCAAAUGGACAGAUCCAUUGGACCCAAGUUCAAAUUCUCACCAGGUUGGAUGAAUAUCAUAUCCAUGCUUGCACUUGCAAUAUGGAUCUUCUUCUAUGAGCGCAUUUACCUCCCUCUAGCCCAAAAAAAGAGUACAAGAAGGAACAAAAGACUGACAAUGCAACAGAGGAUCAAUACUGGCAUUAUGUUGUCAAUUGUGUCAAUGUUAGUAUCUGGGAUCGUUGAAGAACAUCGUCGAAAAUCGGCUUUGAGACAUGGAGCAUACAUCUCACCCUCAAGCUUUGCAUUGCUCUUGCCACAAUUUUUCUUAUCAGGAUUGACUGAGGCCUUUUCUGCUGUUUCCAUAAUGGAAUUUUUCACCAUGCAAAUGCCGGAGAGUAUGAGGACUACUGCUGGGGCAGUCUUCUUUCUUAGCUUAUCCAUUUCAAGCUAUAUAGGCUCCUUGAUAGUCAAUAUAGUCCACAAGGCAACUGAAAAGAAAGCUAAAUCUCCAUGGCUAGGUGGUCAUGACCUUAACCAGAAUAGGCUGGACUAUUACUACUACAUCAUUGCUGGCCUGGGGGUUCUUAAUCUUGUGUACUUCAAUUUCUUUGCUCGGCGUUACGUGUUAGUUGGAAGACCUGGUAAUGGGAGAAAGGAGAUGCAGUUAGAGAAUCCAGUUCUUCAUGGUUCAAGAGAUCAGUCCGAAUGUGCAUCAAAGGAUGAGGAGAAAGGCCAUGGCAGUGCUAACCUGAUCCUUUAG